AUGUCUCAUUACGAUGAUCAAAUGAAAAACCAUUCAGACAGAUUCAAAUAUCUGAAGAAGAUCACUAAAAUCCUCCUCCCACUCUCUCUUCUCACUCUCUUCAUCUCUCACUCCUCUCUCACAUCUCUCUUUCUCCAAUCCUAUGAUUAUCUCAACUCCAACUUCAACUUCAAAUUCAAGCUCUUCACCUACACAACUGAGAGGAACUGCAUCUUCCUCUUAUGCAAUGGGAUUCUUGUUUUCAUCAUACAAUCAUCCGGCCUCAUUAGCAAGAUCACCGGCUCGAGAACUCGGGCUGAGAAAAAAGUAGAUAUUCUUGAAGAAAAAAUCAACCUUGAUGCAGAUUUAGUUGAAGAAGAUCUGCACAUGGAGAAAUGGGAUAAACGUGAUGAUUAUGAUGAUGAAGAAGACGAUGAAGGGAUUGAUAGAGAAGAGUUGAAGAGGAAAUGUGAAGAUUUUAUCAAGAAAGUGAAGAUGGAAAUUCAAAGUGCAUGA